CUCGGAGUUAGAUUUGGACAGCAAUUCGAGCAGCGCGCCGAACAGUCGUGAGCAGUCCAUGAUGUCGGUGUUGAGUGGGCGGGGAGGCGGCUAUUACACCUGCAUUGAUAGUGCCAGAGGUGGUGGUGGCACAACCGAGGCUAGUGGUGUUGCCGGUGCGGCUGAAUUAUCGCCUUCUGCGUUGGAAAUCGAUUUGUUUGAGGAGCCACUCUUCACGCCUCUCGAGGAGGAUGCCAGUGCUCGUGCUGCGCAGCAGGGUUGUGUGGAGGAACAAGAUGAACUACUAGGGUCCUCGACGGUAGAUCAACAUCAAGUCGAAAGCCGGUCGAACUCGCACGAGAGCACGGUGCCGAGCCUUCCUGACCUUCUCACCAGAACUUCUACCAGUCGACAACCUUGCACUCGAGAGGGAUCUUCGCCGGAGCAGCAAGAAACUUCCGCUCCAGCAGCCACACAGCCAACGACGAGUGGUCUUCUGCUAGAAGACAAUGACGAUUUCUGGACAUCAACGACGGCAUCCAGCUCCUCGAACACCGCGGCCUCAUCUUCCCUCACCGAGCAGCAGAAGCAGGACCUGUUCGCGAAGCUGACCGGCGCGAACCAGAAAGUCCUCAGCGGUGUGAUCAGUACGAACUUGUUCGAAGAUAUCCAGGAAAAAACACACAUACCCAUCCACUUUUUGCAUGACAAACGCCGCAACUCAUGCAUGUUUUGCAUGACAAAUUGGAUGGGGAUGGGUGCGGGUGUUUUUUCCUGGAUAGAAGAUGACAGCGAGGACGACCAGGAGCAUGUCUCCGUGUCGAAACAAGCCUCUGCGGCAAGCGUGUACGGGAGCGGAGCUGCACCAGACGAACGGCAGAAAAUAAACCAGGGUGGUUCCAGUGCCGAGAUGACUUUGAAGGAACUUAUCGAGCGAGAGUACAGCACCGGUCGCACAACUAGUGGUAAAACAUCGACCAAGAAACUCCUCGAUCCCGCACAGCUCUGUCCGUCCAACGGCAGCGCAAAAACCGACACAACGUACACCAGCACUGCGAUUGGAUAUCAGACAUCGGAUUGCAGUGCGUCAGCUAUUUCUACUCAUUCUGUUUCUGCAUCACAAGACCCAAGUGGCCGUCGCGAAAAAUUUUUGUCCGGUGCUAGUCUGUUCACCGACCAUUCUGGCGAUGACGACCGCCAGUUGAUGUUGGGUACUUCGUUCUGCUCCGAAGGGGGCGCGUCAGCGUCGGGAAGUGGUGGAAAUUUGUUUUCCUCGGAAGGGAGUCUCGUUGCCGCUGGUGGAACAACAGCUGUAGUAACUUCUCCCAUGCAGAACAGCAACACAAUCUCUGCAAACCAACAGGAGAUGCAACAGGAGCAGCAGCAGCUUUGUGAUAGCACCUCUAGUUGCGGACUACUUGAUAUCCAAUCUUCCUCCUGGGCGAGAACCAUCACGCCUGCUAGUACGGCUGCAAAGAGUUGUAGUUCCGCGGAGGAGCUACCGGAAUUUUCAGGCGGAACGAGUACUGACGAGGUUGUGAAACAGCAGGAGAAAGAACCAAAGGAGGUUGGGGACUAAAUGGAAAUCGAUCAUGUUGGGC